AUGUUCUCACCAGCGUCGACGACGAUAACGCUCUCACUACUCCGCCAUGGCCUCCAAUCUAUUCCAUUUAUUACGCGUUCAGCGGCGCCACGCGUUAUCACCUGCCACCACCGGACGUUCCGACUCAAAGCCUCUGGCAGCAAAACUGCAGCGGCAAGAUACGAUCGAUAUUUGAAAAUUCUGGAGAAAAAGUUCGAGGCCGCCAAGGAGAGGCGUGACAGGGAAGAAAAAGAUGGUCUGCAAAUUAGAACAUAUCCUUUGGACAAGGAUGCAGACUCGUCGACCAACCCGUUAUUCAUGUUUGGAUCGGAUGGCUUCAUGAACGGUUAUAACACCUAUUUCUGGGAUCAUAUACUGAGCGAUGAACAACGGACAAAGCUCAAGUCGUAUAAUAUCACAACAUAUGAAGAACUAAUCGCCGCUGCAAAUGCAGCAGAGUCUAUCAUGGCCAGUCCGCCACAUCCAAGAAUGGAACAGCUAAAACCUCGUCUUCGGCACGCAUAUCAAAUCAAGAAGGACAUUGAUUCGAAGCAUACUUGUCAUCUCGAGUCCUUUGCUUUCUCGAAACCGCCUUCGACAGAUGAAUUCAACGUCUUCAAAUGCGAAGUUGCUUCACACCUGCGCGCUCAUUCUUUGCGACCCUGA